AUGAGGUGCCUUCUGCUCCUCCUUGUGACCAUCAUCACCUCUGAAUGCGCCUUCAGGGUGCCGCUAAGAAAAGGGAAGAAGCUAAGAAGUUUGCUGAAGGAGCGUGGCCUGCUGGAAGACUUUCUGAAGAAGCAUGAGUAUUCCCUCAGCUCCAAGUACCGUUACCAUGGUGAAGCCGCCGUGGUUGCAAAUGAGCCCUUGACAAAUUACCUGGAUAGUCAGUACUUUGGAAAGAUUCACAUUGGGACCCCACCCCAGGAGUUCACUGUGGUGUUUGAUACUGGCUCCUCUAAUCUCUGGGUCCCCUCAGUCUACUGCAGCAGCACCGCCUGCCAAAACCACAACAGAUUCUCCCCCUCUGAGUCCUCCACCUUCCAGAGCACCGAUGAACCUCUGGCCAUCCAGUAUGGCACCGGCAGCAUGCAGGGAGUCCUGGGCUAUGACACUGUCAUUGUCUCCAAUAUUGUGGACCCUGGCCAGAUCUUUGGCCUGAGCACCCAGGAGCCUGGUGACAUCUUCACCUAUUCUGAAUUUGAUGGGAUCCUAGGACUGGGCUAUCCUUCCCUGGCUGAGGAUCAGGCUACCCCGGUCUUUGACAACAUGAUGAGCAAGCACUUGGUUGCCCACGACCUCUUCUCUGUUUAUAUGAGCAGGAAUAGCCAGGGGAGCAUGCUCACCCUUGGAGCCAUCGAACAUUCCUACUACACUGGCUCCCUGCACUGGGUGCCCGUCACUGAGCAGGGCUACUGGCAAUUCUCUGUGGACAGCAUCACUGUCAAUGGCCAGGAGGUGGCUUGUGUUGGUGGUUGCCAGGCCAUCUUGGACACUGGCACCUCUCUCUUGGUCGGUCCAAGCUAUGACAUCCUCAACAUCCAGAGUGUCAUUGGGGCUACCGAGGGACAAUAUGGAGAGUAUGACAUCAACUGCAGCAGCCUGAGUUCCAUGCCUACAGUUGUGAUUCAGAUCAACGGCAAGCAGUUCCCUCUCCCUCCCUCAGCCUAUACCAAUCAGGAGCUGGGACAGUGUUCCAGCGGCUUCCAGGGUGAUGGCAGUUCCCAGCUGUGGAUCCUGGGAGAUGUCUUUAUCCGAGAGUACUACAGCGUCUUUGACAGGGCUAACAACCGCGUGGGCUUGGCCAGAGCUGUCUGAUGGAGACACUGAA